GAAGGACUUAAAAUUUGAACAGUGAGUUUACUUAAAACAGUAAGCUUAACAAAUGUUUUAUUUUAAAAUUUACUUCGCCAUGUUACAUGUUGUAUAAAUGCCAUUGAUAGCCAAAUAUAGUGAUGUAAAAUUUAGCUCUCAUCAUUAACAAGCUUUCACGUAACAGCUUUUUAAAAGUUAUUUAUUUUAUUCCCAAUGCCACCUGGGUUGACAUUUUGUCAAGGCUUCGUUCUCUGUCAGGGGCACCAUAUUAAGUGAGCCAACAUUGCUCCCACAGUGAGGACAGAUAGUACCAGAUUUCACAGAGAAUGAAAGGACAUCCAUGCCUUGUCCGGGAUUUCAGACCCUUUCUGAUGCUAGGCGAGUACAUCCAGUGUUUAGUUCCCAAACUUGCUCGGUUCUCAUUUUAUCAACCCUCUGAAGGGAUGAAAGACUAGUCAACAUUGCCCAGCCCCUAGGAUCGAACCAAGGUGACCUGUGCCACGGCAACACGAAGCGCUACCACUCAGCCACCGAGCAAUCAAAGGACUUAUACAAUGCUUAAAAAAAUUAUUGUCACAGAUUACGGCUGUCUUUUUUUCCAAGUCUUAGUGACCUUCAUCCAAGUCUUCAUAAAGAUGUCGAAUCAUUCGGAAAGAUCCUAUUCUUUCAAUACAAGUGGUAGCAGUUCUCCUUUGCCUUCUCCUAUUCCAGCUUAUCGGGGAGGAAAGACAGCACUAGCUAAGAGAUCGAAAUUUUUACGACGUUUAAUUUAUUUCAAACACAUGGACUUCGAAUUUGCUUUGUGGCAAAUGUUAAGUUUGUUCGUUUCUCCUCAGAAAGUGUACAGAAAUUUUCAAUAUAGAAAACAAACGAAAAAUCAGUUUGCAAGAGAUGAUCCUGCUUUCUUAGUAUUACUAAGUUUUUGGCUGAUAGUGUCUUCCAUUGGUUUUGCUAUUGUAUUGCAGCUUAAUUUUUUAAGAUUCUUGAAAUUCCUCUCAUGGGUAAUUUUCAUAGAUUGCAUUGCUGUAGGAAUAAUUAUAUGUACUAUACUCUGGUUCAUAUCUAAUAGAUAUUUGCGUAAGCCUGUGUGCAAGGAUCAGGAUGUUGAAUGGGCCUAUGCAUUUGAUGUUCAUCUUAAUGCUUUUUUUCCUCUUCUAAUAAUUUUGCACAUUUUCCAAUUAUUUUUUUAUCAUCUUUUAAUCAGUCGAGGCUGGGUAUUUGUUGGAAACACUCUGUGGUUAAUAGCUAUUGGAUAUUAUAUAUACAUCACAUUUCUUGGAUACAGUGCUUUGCCUAUAUUAGAAAAUACACAAGUUCUUCUGUAUCCCCUACUAGUAUUAUUUAUGCUGUACAUACUUUUCCUAAUCAUAAAUUAUAAUAUUUGUUUACAUGUUAUGAAUUUUUAUGAGUAUCGUGUACUAUGAGUUUGAAGAACAACUAGAAUUAUGUAAAAAUGUGUAAAUACUAUCAUUUUUCUGUUUUUGAUAAAAUAUAUAAGUGUGUGUUUAUAUAUAUAUAUAUGCAUUCACUGUCACAACUGCAAUAAAAUAUUUAAUAUUUAUGCAUCUUAGUGGAAAUUACACAUUACGAAAUAUUAUGUGUGACUUUUGUUGUACGUUAAAUAAUUGUUAAUAAAGGAUUAUUUAUAUUUUUA